UAUAUUAGGAAUUUAGGAUCAUGAAUAAGAUUGAGAGGAAGUCUUCAAUAGAGAGAGAGCCUCAGACUUUGUCUCUUGAUCAGAUUAAAUAUGCAAGGGAGGCAGCAUUGUAUGUGCUCAGCAACCACAGCAUACAAGAGGCUAUAAGCAUUUUCACUGAGGGUUUGCAACCAGUCCUCUGCGUCAAGAAGGGCAACAUGAACAUGAUAAUGGAGCGGUCGGAGGAUGAAGACGGCGGUAACUUGGAUCGAAUCGCUGGGUUGAGGGAUACAAUCACCGCUCCAUUCUAAAUCUCCAUUUUUGUAAAUUUUUAUAUAUAUAUAUAUAUAUAUAUAUAUAUAUUUGUAUUUAUUUUUCCUUUUCUAGAGGUAAAUAAGCUGUUUUUUUCUUAAUUCCCACUGUAAAUGCUGUAAAUAGCUUUGGUUGUGUGUAAUGGGCCUUGGGCCGAAUGUGAGGGGCAAUCAAUUUUGAUAGCUUUCUUAUUGGGCUGUGGUGUUUUCCGAGAGGGCCCACAUGUAUUUGUUACGUCUUUGCUGUGUAGCUUUGAAGAUUUUUAUUUUAUUUUGUUUUGUUUGUUUGUUUGA